AUGGAUCCUAAUCAUUUUCAUUAUCAACAAGCUAUAUUCAAUUUUAUGCAAAAUUAUCAAAAUCCUAAUUCUCAAAAUUCUCAAAUUCCAUCAGUACCACCAAACCCCGCCAUAUUUUUUCCGUCACCAAACAAUCCAAAUAUGUAUCAAAAUCGUAAUCCUCAAAAUUCUCAAGUUUCACCAUUUUCUACUCAAGAUCCAAUUGUGGGAGUUGAUCAAAAAGCUGAGAGUUUUUGGCAUAGAAUCGCUGCAAAUUAUAACCAGUAUCGCGGGCAAUUGCGAGAAAAGUUAAGUGGUCAAUUAAAAUGUCGAUGGCAUCGAAUAAAUGCGUCGGUUCAAAAAUUUGUUGGGUGUUAUAGACAAGCUGUCAAUGGAAAGAAAAGUGGGACAUCGGAGAACGAUAUCAUGGCUGCUGCACAUGCUUUUUAUGCUCAAGAUCAAGGUACAACAUUCAAUCUUGAGUAUGCAUGGCGAUUGUUAAAAGAUGAAGCUAAAUGGGGCAUCAUUGGAGAAUCGAUUGAAAAUUCUUCAAAAAUGACACAGACUUCUGCGGGGCAUCAUCGGAGAUCCCUGAUACACCUUCAAGUUAUGAGUUUAACUCAUCAUCACCAAUGGAGUGUCCAAUGGGACAAAAAGCAGCAAAAAGGAAGGGUAAAGCAAAGGAAAUUUCAAAUGCAACGCAAGAUGCAAGGAAUAAAAGAGCAGAAACAAUGGAAAGACUUGCGCAAAGUAAGGAGGACGAGAUAG